AUGUUUCUGAUAGCAAUUGGAGAUCGAACUGUGGGAGGGCAGGUUGCUAGGGAUCAGCUUGUGGGACCGUGGCAAAUUCCUGUUGCAGAUGUUGGUGUCACAGCUACUUGUUUGCAAAAGGGGAUAAGGACCAGAACAGCAACAGCAAUAAAGCCGACCCUCGCACUGAUCAAUCCUGGUGCAUCCGCGAGGAUGGAAGUUGCUGAGGCAUUGUGCAAUAUGGCUGCUGCAGACGUCUCGCUACAAAAACUCGCCUAUCCGCUAUCCGCAAACUGGACGUCGGCCAUCCACCAUCCAGGAGAGGGAGCAGCACUCUAUGAAGCUGUCAAGGCCGUCGUAGCGCUGUGUAAGCAGUUGAGAAUAAGUAUACUGGUGGGGAAAGACUCGACACCCAUGAAAAUGGGUUGGCGGGACCAGCAAAGCCAGGAGGCUAGGGAGGUCGUAGCCCCUCUUUCUCUGGUAACAUCCGCUUUUAGAAUGGUCUAA